UCAGCUAUGUUCCGUCCGUGAUCAUUUUGGUAAUAAAUUGUGGAAUACACACUUUUGUUAAUACUUCAAACUGAUUUACCACGAGGCUAGAAGCUCCAGCUUCUAGCUAAGAACUCACCGUCUUCGGCAGCAUAGCGUAUACUGGAAGGCUUAAGAAAUACGUUCAUAUCUCCGACACAUCAUGAGAGCGGGCCAGAUUCUUCUCCAAAUGAGCCUGUUGGUUGUUCUCUUGAUGUUCGACAUCGAAGGAAACUCAAGAUUGGCAGAAGGCAAAACUCUCCAGAAGUUUGUUCAUCAUGACAAUAAAGGAUCUCCGAUAUUUGUCAGGUCCCCCGUAAAUAAAACGAUCAGAGAGGGCAAAGGACUCUCCCUUAUUUGUGAAGCAACAGGGAAACCCAAGCCUCGAAUCAAAUGGAGAAAAGAUGGCCGGUCCAUUUCAACCGAUGAUAAGAGAGUUAUGAUUCGACACAAAACUCGACUGAGGAUAAAAAAUGCGGGUCCUCAAGACAGUGGUAUCUAUCAUUGUUUCGCCAAGAACCGUCACGGACAGGUUAACAGUGGAAAAGCAAAGGUGACAGUCAUAAGUGAUGGGACGUGCAGGCCAUACAACGGAUCCAUUUGCUCAAGAUACAUCUCCAAGGACACCAAAGUGUUUGUUAAACAACUCAGACCCCAACACGAAUCAGAAAAGAAAAUCGUUCAUGCCGCUUCAGUCCUAACGGACUACAUGAGUCCUCAAUGCAAAGAUUCGCUUCUACAAGCCCUUUGUUAUAACCUCUUCGCACCGUGCCAAGGCGGAAAGCAUAAAAGGUCUCCUAGACGUCUUUGCAAGGACGACUGUGAAGUUAUUCAAGGCAGAGCCUGUUCAAAAGAAAUUGAAUUGCUUAACGAAAGGCUUGGUGAAAAUGUCGAAGAAAUUGUUCCCAACUGUUCCUUGCUACCGUUUCAGAGCACGGUUGAGGCCAAGAAUUGUUUACCGAUAAGAAACAAAAAGCAAUCGUGUGAGACUUCGAAAGAUCCAUUUCAAGUAGAUAUCAAGCCAUGGAAGAGGACCUUUUCGUUAUGCAAUCAAAGAUUAAGCCGAAACGUUAAAAUUUACAACAAGGAAGUAUUCAGUCUUGUUAAAGACGUAAAGGCAGAGUUACGUAAUGGUAAAAUGGCACUAGAUUCACAGUCUAUGGAGCUAUCCACGUAUUGCUUUACUGCUUCUCUUCCUGUGACAAAACUGGUGCAUGAUUGGACAGCUUACUUCAGGACACCGCUUCUCCCCAACUUCCCACGGCCAUACAACUUGACAGUUCCUGGAUUGAAAAUUGUUACAGUUAAUUCGAGCGUUGACACAAUAUGGGUUCCUCUCGGCUACGCAGCAAUAUACACAGUACACAGGAAAAUCACCUUGCGAAACGUGACCUUCUUUUAUCGACACCAAUCUGGACACGGAUCCUUUAUCGCUAAAGGGAAGUACAACAUCUGUGAUACUGUUUUUGAUAUGACUGUGGAAUCACUUCCGGAUGGGAAUGUCAAGCUCAGCGGUAACUCAGAAACACCUGUUGAUGCCAGCACCAUCGAGACGGCCUUCGUAUCCGCGAGUCCGUCUUCUAUGUUGGUCAGAGCGAUCGAAAAAAUAAACUUAUUUGUGCUUCGUUUGAUGAGACCCUCUAUGGAAGCUUAUAUAAAUAAAGACCUGAUCGUGAAAUUUUCUGGAGAGUCAUACUUAUAUUUAGACACUGGAGUCAAGGCUGUUCCUAUCACUUUGGAAAUUUUUGGCGGAAAGUGGGGAAGAGAAGACGUACUUAUGGCGGGAAUUACCAGCAGUCGGGUCACAAUGAACCAAGCUUUGCGUUUGUUCACGGACCUAUCACUUCCUUAUUUGGACAUGCAUGCUUCCAACGAAUCAAGAGUUGGAAUAGUGCUCUCUGCACAUGCUCUAGACCUUAGCAAAAGUCUAUUUGAAAUAUUCAAAGGAGAGCCACUGGCGCAUGCAUUUACAGACACUGUCCCCAAGGGUUUAAGCCUGGUAACUAGAGGAUCAAUUCCCGUGGAAACGCACAAGGAUAACCAAAUGUGCCAGCUUUUCCAGACUAUUUUUGGCCGUGGAAGUGAGUUUACACUAAAGGCAUCAACAAACUGGGCAUCCAUCAGUCUCGACUGGCAUUUUCACAAUCUUGCAGAAGGAGCAGUAUCACCGUUUGACCAAGUGGAGAUGAAAAUGAAGAUCAAAGACACCGGGUUACUAAAGGUGAAGCCUUUGCACCAAAUGAACAUCCCUCUUAAUGGAAUUCUUUACAAGAAAGGUCAGCGUUUGGACAGGUGGGAGUUCAGCGGUCAGUUAACAUACAGAGGGCUCAAGGCAAACCUUGAAGCAAACUUUGAAACCCGAUCUGUUUGGAGAAGAGCCUUUGGAAUAGAGUACUUGUCUUUAAAGAAUCUGCAGUUAGGAUUAUCAGUACCUAUUGGCCAAUCACAAAAGAGCAGCGCUACUGGUCAAGCUGACCUUGAGCUGGGUUCCCUGUGCGACGCAGCGCGCAAUCGAGAAAACGAAUCUAUCAAGCAAAGCUGUGUCACUGGACAUUUGUCCUUGGGAUUGUCUGAUAAAUCCGCUGAACAGUUCUUCUACGGUUCGCUGUCUCCUGUUAGUCUUCAAAAGCUACUUGAAGUGUGUAACAUCAAACAUAAGUUACCUGGCGCCCUGGCAACGAUAGGAUUUCCUGCAGGUCUACAGAUCUCUGUCGCAAAAGGAGCGCACGACCUUAGCGCCCUUGGAGGACCAACCAUAAAACCAGGGUUCAUUCUGUCUGGCAAGAUGAGUUUAUUUGGAAUUGAGACCACGGGAGCAAUUUCGCUGUUACCCGAAGAGUUUGUAAUAGAUGCUAAAAUCAAAUCAGAUGAAGAUUCUGCCACAAUGGACGAUAUCACUCCAUUAUCUUCCUCGACGUCGGGUUCCAAUCCCAAUCCUAAGCUUUUCCUGAAAGCUCGAAUGGAUUCAGCUCCAUUCGUGAAGGCACACGUUGACGGGUUUCCUCGGCUGUUUGGUAUAUUCAAGGACGUACAGAUGCUUGCUACCCGUGAUUCUUUGCAGAUUCAUCUCGCCAGUGACAUUAACAAGUCCUACAAAAUCGAUGUUCACCUAGUAACUAACUACAGCGCGAAUCGCAACGACACCCAGUUUAAUGCCAUGGUUGUCUUCGACAAUGGUUUGUCCAAGUUGACACGUAUGGCUUCAGAUCACGUGGUAUCCAUGCUUGAAUCAGAGAUGUCGAGACUCAAAUCAGCCAAAGGUGAAGUACAACGCCUCAGACGAGAAUGUAACAAAACAAUCAAACGAGAAUGCUCCAAGUGCAUGAACCUCGGAGUCUGCGCAAGUUCCUUCUCGGGUGCAAAAAAUUCCACGCAGAAGAAGCAAGAUACACAAAGAAUCGGCUCACCGCUUGACCUUUGUCAGCAGGUUGUGAUGAAACGCUGCCUAGUCGACCCCAGGUACCAUAAUGUUUGCAGAUUCGUUAGAGGAAAAUUGAACGAGACAUGCGCAGCUUACCGUGGUGCGGCAAAGUCUCAAAAAGACCUGGAGAGGGGACUGAGAUGGGUCAAGCAAGCUGACCGACGUAUGUACAGCGAACUGCUACAACUCCACUCCAUUUCGUUCAAAACGAAUGUCACAUCAGCCAAUCUUGAACAGACUUACUUGGACACUGCUUUAGAACUAACAAUAUUUGGACAAAAACAAAAACUCGAAGGUCGACGCAUCGAAUUCAACGAAUUCAUGAAAUUUUCGUCCGACAUUGCCAAGUACGCGGUGGACUGGUACGAAAAGACGCAGCCCCAGUCAAAGACAAAAUUACGUCAUCCAGACAACAGACCCAGGUCUCCUGCGUCGUAAGCAAGGAUACGAUAGGAAUAUCUUUCUCUUCUCUUAGACUUUUAAGGCAAACAGUGUUAUUGAAGACAAUUUAAGUUUAUUGCGAGGGAAGAUAUAUCCGAGGGAACUGCUUCUCGACGGCAGAAAUUACUCACUAUCAUUGUCAAAUAUUAUAAAGAUUUGUUACAGAUGUAAAUCUAAUUGUUCAGUUCAAUUGUGUAAAACUAAAUAAGCGGAUGUGAUGUUACUUUGAAUUAUGGAGUACUUGCUACCAUGAGCUGUAGGUUAGCUAAGUCCAUUUGGAAAAGCCUCGUUUGAGAAUUUCAGCUUUCCUGACUAAUUAACCAUCGCGUCACGCGAUCAUGUCAUGCAUGUUAAGAGGUUACCAAAGGGCGAACCCAUUCAAACAGCUGUAAGAGCAGUAAUUUAGGAGUCGCUCUUGUAGUUAUUUCACCAUCUUUUAAAACUUUGUAUACCCUCUCCUCUUUAGAGAUACGUUUCUCUAAGACUCAAAUGCAUUUAUAAGAUAACAUAAACUCAGUGUAGUUGAGACAUUUUCUAAUAACACAGCCGAUGCUGGUAAAACUAUCAAAUGCUGAGCUAUCAAGUGUGGAAAAUGCCAGGGGAAACGCCAGCUUGUGCAAAGCACGGAAAACGCCAGCUUGUAUCAAGUGAGAGAAAACAAAACAUUUGUGUUAAGCACGGGAAGCUCGAACCGGUGCAAAGCGCAAUUUUGUGGGAGCGGAAAGCCAUGCGGAAAAGUACAUUAACUUCAGAGCAUUUUUUUAAUGCGAUAUAGUUCAAGCGGUUCGCCAUAUUCUUCAUGCACAAGUAAACUUUUUAUAUUCUUAAAGGGAACAACUUUUCUUCAACGCUUUGCCGCCAGUAUUUGUCGAUUACCAAUGGGUCCGCUCUAAUGAAUUAUCACAUGUAUAUUUGGUAUUUAAUUAUAACGAUGGAAUUUCCGGAGGGAAGAUUUUAUGUACGUAGCAACUACGAAAUGUGGAAGAACACGUUUUGUUGAAACGAUAAAGUUAAAUUGAAAAUGUA